UUCUCGACGUUGACGGAGGAUGGCGGUGUUGUGCCGCCGUUGGCGGCUAACCAGGACCCCAAGGCGUCCCAGUCCGGCAACAACUCCAUCUAUGGGCGCCCCGAGUUCCUGGCGCCGAUCGUUGUUUUGGCCGGAGUGGCGUUCGUGUCGCUCACUACAGCGUUGUAUUGUCGGAAAAAGCGGGUUCGAGUCGACAGGAAGCCAGAAUUUCUGGCUGAAGGACACCUCAUGGACUCUCAGGGAAGACCGUGUCGCGAGAACUCCUACGGACUGAGUUUCGAUUACCCCAAGCACAUCCAAAAACCACCCCCAGGGUACAGCGACGUGAACCCUUACGCAACCUUCCAACUAGCCCUACCAAACCAACAACAGCAACCGCAACAGCCGCCACAACGAGAUCUGAGUUUUGGCUCUUCCUACUUUGGCAACGAAUACAAUGGCAAUAAUAGUUAUCAACAAUCAGCCAGAGCCGAAUUUGUGUACUUUGAUCCGAAGGCUGCCAAUAUGGAAACCUAUCCCUUGCGACACGAGCAUAACCUCGUUAAAUCUGGGACGUCAAAUUGCGUCAUGCAAGCAGGUGGACUUGGAUCCAGUCGAGAUUAUGAUGCGAUGUCAGCUGCGAGUGAUUCGGAUCUCGAAUCGAAACGAGGUCGCUACAAUAAAUGUGCAUCCAUGGAUCGUCGUAAUAAGAGGUCAUCUUCUAGCAAAGCUCAAAGCAGUUCCUUCAGGAUCGCCUCAGGAAACAACACGAGUUCGAGUGAUGAUCCAGGGUCUCCCAUGGAGAUUUCUGUGCGGAAGAAAAACGCCAGAAGGUCAAGAGGACCUCGAUCCAAUAUUUCUUCACAUCCUCUCGGAACUUAUGACAGGUCUUUGUCAAAAUCCGAAAUGAAAGUUCAGCGAUGCGCUUCCGGGUCCAGAAGACUCGCCGACGAAACAUCGUUUGUCAGUGGGAUUUACGGAUCUUCCCGAGUUUCGACAGGACUCGGCCAACAACACUCACCAAUUUACGCGGCAGCAAGCCACGAAAUUAGCGAACUGGAAGCUGAAAUGGUCCACUCCAAUGACGAUGUGGAACUGGAUGCCCGGAUCCGGACAUUGAGAGCACAGCAUGAUUUGGCAGUUAAAUCACUCACCAAGGGGUUGUAUUCCAGCCAACCACACCCACAUCCAGGAAACCAACAACAACAACCCCGAGCAUCCCGGGAUUCGGGUUUCCCUAUAGAUGUAUGA